GCUGGAGACCUUUCUUCUCACCAGGAGCUUGUCCACGGAGUGCUCAAGCUCGCUGACUCGUACCUCCUGUUCGCCCCUGACCUCCUGGUUCCGUACCCUGUCUUCCCCACCGUCCUGCAAUGGUGCGUCCAAACUCUAGGGGUGGCAGAGCGAGAGCCCCUGCAGGCAGCCCUGUCGCUGCUGGCACAUGCUCUCGGUCCAACAAAGAAACAGACCAAGCAGGCAGAAUCGGCCCAACUUGCAGCCAGUGUCGAUGCCUGCGUUUCUGCCAACGGGCAGUGCAUCCUGGAACGUCUUGUGUGGAGUGCAUGUGACUCAUGCCCAAGACACAUGCUGAAGAAGGUUGCGGACAUUCUGUACGAUCUGGUGGGGAGCAGCGAAGCAGCGGGUGCCUGGUUGGCACAAGUGCUGAGCGACAGCCGUUUCUUGGUCAGACAUGAGAGGGCAUUGACCAAGGAGGACUGCGAGCAGUUCUGCACGCUGGUCUUGAGGAAGCCUCGGUUGACAAGGCCCAGGUUUGGGGCCCUGGUUGUGGAUUUUGUGAACAUUCCGCGGGGAGAGGGAACGGCCGAUGCGCUCAUCGGUUAUGAGAUGUAG